CUUCUAAAUCCCGUUAUUAAAAACGUAGCCACCGCUCCCCCUCGCAUUCACGGCCGUCGGGAAGAACAAUCCCUAGAUUGCAGGCUAGUGGAUCGUUAGGUAAUUUUGAUAAGACAGAAACCGAGUAAUUUUGAUCGAUGGAGGAGAUGAAGAACUCAACAGAGGCAGUACUGGAGAAGGAGUGCAACGACGUCGUUGGCGAAUCAACUGAGAAGCGUGCUCUUGUUGAAUGCAGUGCUCUUGUUGAAUGCAUCUCUUUUGUUAGGCGCUACCCCAAACGCAUCGAAUCAAAGUUGCAGAAAGAUUUGGAUAUGGUGAAAUCUACACUAGAGGAUUAUGGCAUUACCUACCGCAUGGAUCCGGUGAAUUGUGUCGUCGUCCUCAACGUCCUCUGCACAACCAGGGCCAGGGACACGGAUCUUAUUGAAAAAGCUAGGGUUCUUGUUCGGCUGUUAGCAUUAGAUGUUCCUGCAUCUCAGGCAAUAACAAUACUGAAGGGAAGAAACUGGGAAGUCAUGAAGUUGGGGUAUCAAAAAGAUGGGCUUUGCUCACAAUAUGGAACCAAAGAGCAUUUUCUGGAGUACUGUAUAAAAUCCACACAAGAAUUCAACGCUGGGUUGAACAGAUCUAUGGAGGAGAUGAAGAACUUAACAGAGGCAGUGGAGAAGAAGCACAACGAUGACGUCGUUUGCGGAUCGACUCAGAAUUUUGGCCAUUGUUUGAUGGAUGAAGAUGAAGACAGUGUUAAUUUUGAAUAUGUUUCUUUCACUAGGGGCUACCACAAAAGCAUCGAAUCAAGGUUGCAGGAAUAUUUGCCUAUGGUGAAAUCUACACUAGAGGAUUAUGGCAUUGGAUACAUAAUGAAACCGGAGGUAUGUAUCAUCGCCCUCUACACAAAGAGGACCAGGGACGCGGAUCUUAUUGGAAAAGCUAAGGAUAUUCUUCGGCUUCUCACAUUAGCUGUUGUUGCACCUAUGGCUGUAACAAUACUGAAUGGAAGGAACUGGGAGGUUGUGAGGUUGGGGUAUCAAGAAGGUGGGCUUUGCUCACAAUUUGGAAUCAACAAGGAACAAUUUUAUGAACGGCUGAAACUCCUCCCUGUCCUAAAGGAAAUUGGAGUUGUGCUGUUUUGUAAUAUACAAAUAGUCCAAAUAUUUGGACACAUUCUUGUUGUUCUGGGUCCAACCAGUUGCAUAAAGGCGAUACGGAAGUAUGCUAAAGAUUGCAUCGUCCAUGGAAUUCCUCCUGCUUCUCGUAUCAAAUUUGUCAAGGAGUGUAGAGCUCGGUAUGAAAUGCGGAAGCGUCGAGAGGCUUUAAAUGACUAUUGUCUGGCAAGAGAUAGGGUAAAGAGGGAGAUCAAGAGGCCUAUUAGAUUCCAAUAAAAAUAGAGCUGUUAGCCUUGGAAAGUUGAUUCCAGUUACUUAGAUUAGCUGAACUGGAGUUUCUAUAUUUAAUGUUUCAGAUUCUCAGUAUGGAGGAAAUUAUAUGUAAGCUUUCAGUACACUUUUUAUCAGUCUUAAAAACAUGGGAAUCCUGAUCUCCAUUACGUAUUUGAUAAAAUCUUUUUACUUUG